AUGUUCAUUAUCUAUCUAUCUAUCUAUCUAUCUAUCUAUCUAUCUAUCUAUCUAUCUAUCUAUCUGUCUGUCUGUCUUAGUCUGUUCAUAUCUAUUUAUCUGUCUCAAUCUUCUUUACAUUAUCUAUCUAUCUAUCUAUCUAUCUAUCUAUCUAUCUAUCUAUCUAUCUUAGUCUGUUCCUAUCUAUCUAUCUGUCUCAAUCUGUUCAUACCUAUAUGUCUAUCUAGUCUGAACAUAUCUAUCUAUCUAUCUAUCUAUCUAUCUAUCUAUCUGCUUAUAUCUAUCUAUCAGACAGGACUGGAAUCACCACGGCAUGUGAAUUUUCAUCUCUCUUCGGCUCUUUUUUCUGCUAUCUAUAUCGGUCUCUCUUUAUCGCCUCUUCUUUAUUACUCCCUUUCUUUAUCUCAAUUUUCUAUUUCUCUUUUUCUAUCUCUCUUUAUCGCUUUGUCUCUUUUUCUUUGUUUUUUCUUUACCAUCUCUCUUUCUUUUUCUAUCUCUUUUUUUUCGCUACUUAUAUCAUUGUCUCUUUAUUUCCUUUCCUCUAUUAUUCUCUUUCUUUCUUUCUUUCUUUCUUUCUUUUUCGUUUUUCUAUUUUUAUACCUCUCUCUAUCCCUAUAUGUGUUUUUCUUUAUUUUUAUUUUCCCUCUUCUCUUUCUUUUUUUUCUUUUUUUCUAUGUAUAUCAUUCUCUUCGUUUCGUUUCCUUUAUUUCUCCUUCUCUCUUUGAUAUUAUUUGGCUAUUUCUUUUCGUCUCUUUUUCUCUAUUGUUCUUGUCCCUUUACUCUUUCUUUAUCUAUUUCUUUUUCUCUCUCUCUUUCUUUCUUUCUUUCUUUCUUUCUUUCUUUCUUUCUUUCUUAUAUCUUUUUGUUCCCUUUCCUGUAUUACUUUCUUUCUCUCUCCCAUUUGCCAUGUUUUGUAUCUCUCUAGAUCUGUACCUCUUUUUCUUUGUUUUCUCUUUUCCUUUCUUUCUUUCUUUUCCUAUUUUUUUCUAUUUAUAUCAUUCUCUCUUUUUAAACGUGCAUCUAGGGCUCUCUUCUCGCCACCCUACGUAUUUUGUCAUCAUUAAGUCUCUCUUUCUUUACUUCACCUUACCUUUCUUUCUUUCUUUCUUUCUUUCUUUCUUUGUUAUUCUUUCACGUUCUUUAUUUUUCUACUUCUGUUGA